ACAUAAAUUGGAAAGGGAAAAAAAUUGGUUUUUUUUUUUUUGUGAAUUCACAAUUCAGGCGAACUCAAGAGUCAGACACUCUGUACCCACCGAGAAAAUUCUGAUGGCAACGCCGACGUCGACCGUCAAGGGCGGCAGUAGUAGAGAUGGAACAGCAAAAACGAUGGUGGCUGAUCAAAUUACACAGUCUAUACAGUCUACUUCCAAUCUCCUCCAUCUCAUGUUUCAGUCUUCCCCAUCUCAGGCGGAACUGAUGAAGCUACCAAAGAGUCUUUUUGCCAAGACAUCUACUAUCAAGAAUACUGAGCUGGUAUUGGAGCAGCUGCCUCGUGUGAUUUCGUCAUUGGAUGCUCAUAUGGACAACGGGUUACAAUGUGUUCCUCAGCUGAAAACUGUAAUGCAGCUGCUCUCAAACAUAGAAAACUGCCAGCUCAAGACCUUAUCCAGGGCUCAAGCUAUUCAACAGGAGACAGAAUCAGUAGAGCAACCUCCAAAGCCAGCUAACCUUCCUUAGUAGGGCAAGGUUAUUAUCAUGUCUUCCUGAUACUUAAGUACUUGAUAUAAAUGCAGAAUUGAUUGAUAUCGUUCACUGGUUAGCAUAAGAACCCUUAAUUCUUCGGCUCCAGCGAUGCAUAACAGAAUCUAAUCCUAGAGUUGAAUUGAAAUUUACUUGCCUUUAACAUGUUGCAAGUAGUCAACUCUUCUUUCUUUUUGUUUACUGUAAGCACUCAUUAUCUGCAAUCGUGGCUGAGGUUGGGAGCCACAUUCGAUAUUUGCCCAUGUAUAUUCUUGAUACUAUAUAUGUUCCUAUAAGAAAAAAUAAUUAACUUGACUCUGUU